AUGUCUAUUACAACCACCUCCAUUAUCAUGCAAGCAUUGAAUCAAGAAGACCUCUUUACGCUGGUCGGCGAGACAGCGUUGGUGACGGGAGCGACACGAGGAAUUGGAAAGUCAAUGGCUCUGGCUUUGGCCAGAGCUGGGGCUAAAGUCCUCCUUGUUCAACGCGAUAUCUCGGCCACGAGUGUGAGGGAUGAGAUCAACUCCAGUGUACCCGAGGCAACAAGGCAUGCACAGAUAUACGAAGCGGACCUUGCAAACCGAGAAUCCGUUGAAGGGUUGGUGGCUCAGGUCGAGGGCCACGGACAUCGCAUCACGAUCUUGGUCAAUUCCGCCGGCAUCAUCAUCAGACAUCCAAUUACAGAAUUUCCGUCGGGUGAUUGGGAUAAAGUCAUCGAAGUGAACCUCAACAGUUGCUUUAUCCUGUCUCGAGACGUGGCCAGGCACAUGUUGGAGAACGAAAUGGUCCGAGGUCAAAGGGGUAGCAUCGUCAACGUCGCUUCCAUCAUGUCCUUCCAAGGCGGCCUCAACGUGUCGGCCUACGCGGCUUCCAAGGGAGGCCUGACGCAACUCACCAAGAGUUUCUCCAACGAGUUGGCCUCGAGAGGGAUCCGGGUCAACGCCAUCGCGCCUGGAUACUGCGUCACCGAGAUGAACGAGCAGCUGUUCCAAGACAAGGACCGGUCACGCUCGUUGUCGGAGCGCAUUCCCAUGGGCAGAUGGGGACAGGCGAGCGACUUUGCCGGCCCUGUCAUCUUUCUCGCGAGCCGAGCAAGUGCUUAUAUGACUGGAGAGACAUUGACGGUUGACGGAGGGUGGAUGUCGAGGUAA